CUUAACUAUUGUCGCCCAUGGUGGGACCAGCUCGCCCGCCGUCCCAGGGCCUCAAGCGCGUUGGCAAGCCCGUCCUCGGCAAUUCUUCCCACUCUGGAGUUCCUGCCUUUCAGACAUCGUUCUCUAGCUUCUCCCAUAUCGUCGAUGCUUCAGGCAGUAUCAACUUCAAAGGCAAGGCGAGCAUAAAUGCGUCAGGCGUUAACUUCGUCAAUGGCGCCUCCUUCGCCGUUCGUAUGCAAGAUUUCAAACAGCUAGAAGAGCUCGGCAGAGGGAACUACGGUACCGUGAAGCGGGUGCUCCAUAUGCCAACCAGCGUUGAGAUGGCCAUGAAGCAAAUUCGCGUCGAACUCGAAUCUGCAAAGUUCAAGACGAUCGAAAUGGAACUAGAGAUUCUUCACCGCGCCGUUGCGCCUUCCAUUAUUGGUUUCUUUGGCGCUUUCUACGACGAGGGAUGCGUGCAUUACUGCGUCGAAUACAUGGAUGCCGGCAGUCUUGAUACGCUUACUGCUUUUGAUAUCGAUGAACGAUUCGAACUGUUGGGCGAGUCUCUGAUAUGGGAAGGUCUUCCAGAGGAGGUUCUAGCCCGGACCGUGGGCAGCACGGUUCGCGGUUUGAAGUUCCUGAAGGAUGAAUUGGAAGUUAUCCAUCGUGACGUGAAACCUACCAACAUAUUGGCUAAUACCAGGGGGGAAAUCAAGUUGUGUGACUUUGGCGUGUCCGGUCAGCUGCAGAAGUCUCUAGCUUUGACCAUAGUAGGCUGCCAGACCUACAUGGCUCCCGAACGAAUCGAAAGUGGCCUCCAGCCCGGAAAUGUCGCCUAUGGCGUGUCUUCCGAUGUAUGGUCCUUGGGGCUUUCCACGCUCGAGAUAGCUAUGGGCAAAUAUCCCUAUCCAGUCGACAGCAGAGGAAGUGCCAUGGCCUAUAUGACUGCCUUGAUUAACGGUGACGUGCCUGCGCUUCCGGAGAGAUACAGCUCGGCCGCCCGAGCGUGGGUUUCACGAUGUUUGGUCACUAAUCCAGACGAACGGGCGAACUAUGCCGAACUACUGGUUCAUCCUUUUCUCGCAGAGGAGAUGAGCAAGAAGGUUGAUAUGAUUGGAUGGGUAGCAACUGCCUUAAAGUUCAAGGCAGCCAAGGCCUUAAGGGGCAAGAUACCUUGAAGAAUCAGUGUUUCUAUCAUUAUUCGAGACAUGUAAGAAGUGGCGUGCUGUGGCCAUUCUCUUUACCCACGCAGCCUGCCUUCUCCGAAGUACCUUUACAUGCGUCGAUGUUGUCCUGUUACGCCACCUUGUCUCUUGCCAACGCAUUCCUAACCCAUCGAAACGGCACAAAUUUGCUCUGCUUGGUUGCCCAUGACUGCUUGUUUGAUAGCACGUCCAGCUCCCCCGUGGGCACUUUUUUUUUUGGGUGGGAGAGGCUAUAUUACAUAGCCGCAGCUUUAAGGCAAUCACCCAUCUUGUGCCAAUUCCUCUAGAAUAUGAGUACAUCGAUUAUGUAUAGUAUACAGAUAAUAGGAUAUCACGGCCAGUAAUAAU